AUGGCCUCGUCUAUUGGCAAGGAGAUCAGCAGCACGACUAUCAAGCUCAACAAGCUGGGGCAGCUUGCGAAGCGGAAAACCCUGUUCGACGACCGGCCUGUAGAGAUUAGCGAACUUACGUUCAUAAUCAAACAAGAUAUUGCGAACAUUAACAAGCAGAUCGCUGCCCUCCAGUCGUAUGUCAAGCAACGUCAUGCAACCUCCAGCUCUCCAGAAGCCAAGAUGAUCGAGGAGCACAACCACAACGUCGUAAUGAUGCUCCAGAGUAGACUCGCCACGACGAGCAUGACUUUCAAAGACGUCCUUGAACUUCGAACCCAAAACAUGAAGGAGUCAAAGACGAGAACAGAGCAAUUUAUGUACACAACACAAACCGCAGCAAACCAGGCACCUUCUUUAUUGUAUAAUUCGCAACGAACGGACCCUAUGGGUGAUGGCAGUGCGACUCCACUUGAUUCUAAGGGCAAGGGAAGAGCAGCCCAGAACGGCGAUGUUCUAGCGCUGGACCUGAACUCGGCAGAGGAGGGCGGAGGCAUCAGCAAUGGGUUCAUGCAAAUGCAACUGGUUGAACAACAGGACUCGUAUAUCCAACAACGGUCGACAGCUAUUGAAUCCAUCGAAACGACUAUCGGAGAGCUUGGACAAAUCUUCACGCAACUAGCCAAUAUGGUUGCAGAACAACGAGAAACUGUUCAACGCAUUGACGCCGAUACACACGACAUUCUGGACAAUGUCGGCGGUGCGCAACGCGAGCUGUCAAAGUACUACGCUAGCAUUUCGAGUAAUCGUUGGUUGAUGCUCAAGGUUUUUGGGGUUCUCAUCGUUUUCUUCCUUCUCUUCAUCCUUUUUACAUGA